ACUACACGUUGCCGUUGGUGAGUCCCCCCCAUUAUGGCGGAAGGGCAAGCCGUGCGGAUGGGCCGUCUCUCCCUCUCCGAUGCUUGUUUUGUGUCUUGAGGGAGGGGUUUUAUUUUUGUUUUUCAAAAUCUCUUCGCGACGGCCAGAUUUCUUCCCAUAUAGACUGUUCUCGUGGUUUUCGGCGAAGUCAUGGCGGACCGCGGCGUGGAUCUGUCCGCCCUGCCGAAGGAGGUUCGAGACCAGUUGGCGGAGUUGGACCUGGAGCUGUCUGAAGGUGACAUCACACAGAAGGGCUAUGAAAAGAAAAGAGCCAAGUUGCUGGCCUCCUACAUCCCUCAGCUGCCAAAAGCGGACCUUUCUCUGCCAGACGUCCAGCCUUCCCCAAGCCACAGUGCCAACCCCAGCCCAAGUCCUGAGGCCCCGGGCCCCUCCACCUCCUCAGCCUCUAGACACCAUCGUGCACAUCGCAGUGGAGGGGCCAGAGAUGAGCGCUACAGAUCAGACAUCCACACAGAAGCUGUGCAGGCGGCUCUGGCUAAACACAGAGAGGAGAAAAUGGCGCUGCCCAUGCCGACCAAGAGACGCUCAUACUUCGUCCAGUCUCCCAUAGAUAACUGCACACCUCCAGAUACAUCCUCUGCAUCAGAGGAUGAAGGCUCGCUGCGCAGAAAGGCGGCUCUCAGCGCCGUGCUCGCCCAGACCCUCCAGAGCUCCGAUUACUGGAUCAACCGCUCCGUCCAAAGCUCUUCCACUUCCUCGUCUGCUUCCUCCACCCUCUCCCAUGGAGAGCCCAAGACUCAGCCUCAGCCCCAGCUUCAGCCGGGGGUCUCGGUGCUGGCCGACGUCCUGGCCCACACGCGCAUAGAAAACAGCGUCCCCCCAGACGUGACCUCCUCCACUCCACAGGAGAGAGGAGGAUCCAGAGUGGACCUUCCUCCAGCCAUCAGGGGCAUGAGCCGCGGUCAGAGCCGCUCCAGCAUGCUGGAUACAGCUGACGGAAAAAGAAAAGGCGUGCCGGUCAGCAGCCGGGUGUCCACCAAGAUCCAGCAGCUGUUGAACACUCUUAAACGGCCCAAACGGCCGCCGCUCAGCGAAUUCUUCCUUGACGACUCAGAGGAAAUUGUAGAAGUUCCAAGGCCAGAUCCCAACACCCCGAAGCCCGAGGGGCGUCAAAUCAUCCCGGUGAAGGGAGAGCCUCUGGGAGUGGUCAGCAACUGGCCUCCCGCCCUGCAGGCCGCCUUGGCCCGAUGGGGGGCCACGCAAGCUAAGAGCCCUGCCCUCACUGCCCUGGACAUCACUGGCAAACCCCUCUAUACACUCACAUAUGGCAAACUAUGGAGUCGCAGUUUAAAGCUGGCUUAUACUCUGCUGAACAAACUGGGGACGAAGACCGAGCCUGUCCUACAAGCUGGUGAUCGGGUGGCGUUGGUGUAUCCAAACAGCGACCCUGGGAUGUUCUGGGUGGCUUUCUACGGCUGCCUGUUAGCUGAGGUCAUUCCUGUCCCCAUCGAGGUGCCGCUGUCACGUCAGGACGCAGGCAGCCAGCAGAUUGGCUUCCUGUUGGGCAGCUGUGGUGUGAGUUUGGCGCUGACCAGUGAGGUGUGCCUCAAAGGGCUGCCCAAAACCCCGAAUGGGGAGAUUGUCCAGUUCAAAGGAUGGCCGAGAAUGAAAUGGGUGGUCACCGACACAAAGUACCUGACCAAACCAUCCAAAGACUGGCAGCCUCACAUUCCCACCGCCAACACGGACACAGCCUACAUAGAGUAUAAAGCGAGUAAGGAGGGAACGGUGAUGGGAGUUGCCGUUUCCAAGAUCGCCAUGCUGACACACUGCCAAGCCCUGACUCAGGCCUGUAACUACUGUGAAGGGGAGACGCUGGUCAACGUGUUGGACUGCAAGAAGGACAUGGGCCUGUGGCACGGCGUCCUGACGAGUGUUAUGAACAGAAUUCACACCAUCACUGUGCCGUAUGCCGUCAUGAAAGCCUGUCCCAUGUCCUGGGUGCAGAGGGUGCACAUCCACAAAGCACGGGUUGCCUUGGUGAAGUGCAGGGACCUUCACUGGGCCAUGAUGGCCCACAAGGAUCAGAAGGACAUCAACCUGUCUUCUAUACGAAUGCUAAUAGUGGCUGAUGGGGCAAAUCCAUGGUCCGUCUCGUCAUGCGAUGCCUUCCUGAAUGUGUUCCAGUCUCACGGCCUGAGGCCGGAGGUCAUCUGUCCGUGUGCCACGUCCCCCGAGGCUCUGACCGUGGCCAUACGCAGACCUGGUGCCCGUGGAGCUCCUCUCCCAGCCAGGGCCAUCCUGUCCAUGGGUGGGCUGAGCCACGGCGUCAUCAGGGUCAACACGGAGGACAAGAACUCGGCUCUGACCGUGCAAGACGUCGGCCACAUUAUGCCCGGAGCUCUGAUGUGCAUAGUGAAGCCAGACGGGUCGCCGCAGCUGUGCAAGACGGAUGAGAUUGGAGAGAUAGUGAUCAACUCUCGGGCUGGAGGAACGAUGUACUACGGCCUUCCUGGUGUCACCAAGAACACAUUUGAGGUUAUCCCUGUCAACCAGGCCGGAGCGCCCAUAGGAGAAAUCCCCUUCGCUCGGACUGGUUUACUGGGAUUUGUGGGACCGGGGAGUCUUGUGUUUGUUGUGGGGAAGAUCGAGGGACUCCUGAUGGUGAGCGGGCGACGUCACAAUGCUGACGACCUGGUGGCCACCGCGCUGGCAGUGGAGCCUGUCAAAACAGUUUACAGGGGGAGGAUUGCUGUGUUCUCAGUGACAGUGUUUUAUGAUGAGAGGAUAGUGAUCGUGGCAGAGCAGAGACCUGACGCCAGUGAGGAAGACAGCUUCCAGUGGAUGAGUCGAGUACUGCAGGCCAUCGACAGCAUCCAUCAGGUUGGCCUUUACUGCCUCGCUCUUGUGCCAGCCAACACCCUCCCAAAGACUCCGCUGGGAGGAAUCCACAUCUGUGAAACCAAGCAGAGUUUCCUGGACGGUAACCUGCAUCCCUGCAACAUCCUCAUGUGUCCGCAUACGUGUGUAACAAACAUGCCCAAGCCUCGACAGAAACAGCCAGUGGAUGUUGGUCCGGCUUCUAUGCUUGUUGGGAACCUGGUGGCGGGGAAGCGGAUCGCUCAGGCCACGGGCCGAGAGCUGGGCGUGGUGGAGGAUCAGGACCUCACUCGAAAGCUCUGUAUGUGGCCCACCAUGAUGCACCAGUUCCUGUCUGAAGCUUUGCAGUGGAGAGCCCAAGUCGACCCUGACCACGUUCUCUACGUUCUGCUCAACUCUAAGGGUGUCCCGGUGUGCACGGCAACAUGCGCGCAGCUUCACAAACGAGCGGAGAAAAUCACAGCCACUCUCCUAGAAAGAGGAGGCCUCAACACGGGCGACAACGUGGUGCUGCUUUAUCCCCCAGGUAUUGACCUGAUUGCUGCCUUCUACGGCUGCCUCUAUGCAGGGGUGAUCCCCGUGACCGUGAGGCCGCCGCACCCCCAGAACCUGUCUGCUACGCUCCCCACGGUCCGCAUGAUCAUUGACGUGAGCAAAGCAGCCUGCAUCCUCACCACUCAGCCUCUCAUGAGGAUCCUCAGGUCCAGGGAGGCCGCCGCCAGCGUUAACGUCAAAACGUGGCCGACGAUCAUCGAUACAGAUGAUCUUCCCAGGAAGCGUCCUCCACACCUCUACAAACCUCCUACUGCUGAGAUGCUGGCCUACUUGGACUUCAGUGUGUCUACCACAGGCAUGUUGACUGGAGUCAAGAUGUCUCACGCGGCCAUCAGCACUCUUUGCCGCUCCAUCAAGCUGCAGUGUGAGCUUUACUCCUCACGCCAAAUAGCCAUCUGCCUGGACCCGUACUGCGGCCUGGGCUUUGUCCUGUGGUGCCUCUCCAGUGUUUACUCAGGUCACCAGUCUAUCCUUAUUCCUCCGCUGGAGCUGGAGACCUCGCUGCCUGUGUGGCUGAGCACGCUCAGUCAGUACAAGAUCAGAGACACCUUCUGCUCCUACUCCGUCAUGGAGCUGUGCACCAAAGGCCUCGGCACGCAGACCGAGGUGCUGAAGGCUCGGGGUCUCAACCUGUCUUGUGUGCGAAGCUGUGUGGUGGUGGCUGAGGAGCGACCCCGCCUCGCGCUCUCGCAGUCCUUCUCCAAGCUUUUCAAAGACCUGGGCCUGUCGCCUCGGGCCGUCAGCACCGCCUUCGGCUCCAGGGUCAAUCUGGCCAUCGGCCUGCAGGGAACUUCUGGACCAGAUCCCUCCACCGUUUAUGUUGACAUGAAGUCCCUGCGUCACGACAGAGUGCGACUGGUUGAAAAAGGAGCGCCACAGAGUCUUCCGCUCAUGGAGUCAGGCACUAUCCUGCCAGGAGUCAGAGUCAUCAUAGUUAACCCAGAGACCAGGGGCCCGCUGGGAGACUCGCAUCUUGGAGAGAUUUGGGUGAACUCCCCUCACAGUGCCAGCGGCUACUACACCAUCUACGGAGAGGAGAGCCUGCAGGCGGAUCAUUUCAACACCAAGCUCAGCUUUGGGGACCCCCAGACCCUCUGGUCCAGGACGGGAUACCUGGGCUUCAUCAAGAGAACGGAGCUGCUGGACGCAAGCGGAGAUCGCCAUGAUGCCUUGUUUGUUGUUGGCUCUCUGGAUGAAACUUUGGAGUUAAGGGGGCUGCGCUAUCACCCCAUCGACAUCGAGACGUCUGUGUCCCGAGCUCACCGCAGCAUCGCAGAGAGCGCUGUGUUUACAUGGACCAACCUGCUGGUGGUGGUGGCAGAGCUCAGCGGCUCCGAGCAGGAGGCCCUGGACCUGGUGCCGCUCGUCACCAACGUGGUCCUGGAGGAGCACCACCUCAUCGUCGGGGUGGUCGUCAUCGUGGACCCCGGGGUGAUCCCCAUCAACUCCAGGGGGGAGAAGCAGAGGAUGCACCUGCGGGACUCCUUCCUGGCAGACCAACUGGACCCCAUCUACGUGGCCUACAACAUGUGAACAUGCGGUCAGAAACCGAUGCAGAAAACUGAGCCAGGGUCAGAGAAGACCCCCACAGGGACCUGAGGGGUGUGAACAGCAGCUGCAACCCUCCCAUCCCCCCUCCUUCUCCACCACGUCAGCUUUCGGACUAAGUUUUAAAAGAGAAAGCGAUGCGGGGGAUGCAAGCACAGCGAACGUGCUGCUACAGUGAAAUGCUUCCCUUUCAGAAACUGAUCCUGCUUUCGUUCCACCUGCUCGAUUGCUGCAGCCCAGGUUCGCCGAGACUUCUAAGAACGAGGGCGAAACCUUCUGUCCUCCUCAGAGGAAACGUUCACUUUGAAGAAAGUUGAUCUUCAUCUGCUGUCUGAAGCCCGUUUCUCCCUCGGCAAUCCUAAAUCAUGUUUUAGUUUUUUUUGUUUUGUUUUCUUUUACACAUUUUUUAAAUAACAUACUCCCUUCAAAGACAGAAGACUUUUAAUCGUUUAAUUCCUUUUGUUCAUUCUUUUCUGUGUGUUUU